AUGAGCUGGCCCUGCCUGGGCGGGCCCCUCUGCCAACCCCGGCCGUCCACGCCGGUCCCGGCGGGCGGUGGGCCGGGCACGGGCGGGGAGGCCCGGACCCCCGGGCCGCCCCCGGCCCCUCUCCGAGGAGCCCCCUCGGGUGCCCCCGGGAAGGAGCGGCUGGACCCCAGCGACAUCUUCAUCGCCGUGAAGACCACCAAGAAGUACCACCAAUCGCGCCUCGAUUUGCUCCUCCAAACUUGGAUCUCCCAAGCACGGGAGCAGACCUUCAUCUUCACGGACGGGGAGGACGGGCACCUGCGGCUCCGGGCAGGGGAUCGCGUCAUCAACACCAACUGCUCGGCCGUCCACACGCGCCAGGCCCUGUGCUGCAAGAUGUCCGUGGAGUACGACAAGUUCAUCGAGUCGGGCCGGAAGUGGUUCUGCCACGUGGACGACGACAACUACGUGAACCCGCGCGGGCUCCUGCGCCUGCUGUCGGCCUUCUCGCCCAGCCGGGACGUGUACCUGGGCCGCCCCAGCCUGGACCACCCCAUCGAGGCCGCCGACCGCCUCCGGGGGGACAAGAAGGUCCAGUUUUGGUUUGCCACGGGCGGAGCCGGCUUCUGCCUGAGCAGGGGGCUCGCCCUCAAGAUGAGCCCGUGGGCCAGCCUGGGCAACUUCAUCAGCACGGCGGAGAAGGUCCGCCUGCCGGACGACUGCACGGUGGGCUACAUCGUGGAGGGGCUGCUGGGCGUCCGGCUCCGCCGCAGCCCCCUCUUCCAUUCCCACCUGGAGAACCUGCGCACCCUGACGCCCCGCGCCCUCCUCACCCAGGUCACCCUAAGCUACGGCGGGAACGAGAACCGCCACAACGUGGUCAGCGUCGGCGGGGCCUUUAGCCCGCAGCAGGACCCUACACGGUUCAAGUCCGUCCACUGCCUGCUCUAUCCGGACACGGCCUGGUGUCCCUCCCCCAAGUGGCGGGGACCUUCGACCUGAGGCUGGAGAGUGACCGAACGGGAGCCUGGGGGUCUCCGGAAGGGAGAGACCCCCCACCCUCCUCUCCGCCGGGCCCGGGGGCUCUCCCGGCUCCGUCCGGAUCUCCGAGCGGCUCGGAGGAACGUGACCUCCGAGGGCAGCGGGGCAGAAGAAGAGCGUCCCAAGGGGGGACGGGGCAACCGUGGGAGGGGGCUUCCGGGGCCGGAGUCCUCCCGCCGGUACGUCCAAGCCCGGCCCGUCCCUCGACGCCCUCAGGCCCCGGUCACCGGCUGCGGCUUCCCGUCGGCCCCCGGCCUUUGCCCGCUGCAGAGGACAGGCCUGCCAGGGGCCGGGAACAGGCCCGAUCCGGGAUUCUGCCGCCUUUCCCUCCAGCGCUCCGUGAGCCCAUCCCGCCGGACAGGUGGGGCUCAGCUGACCCGGACCCCCCUCUCCGCCCCGUGGCUCUGGUGGCCAGCUGCCGCGAACCCUAGCCCCCGGGCCUGGCACGGAGGGCACCGGGAUCACACCGGCCUGGGAAUCUGGCCGUCCGGAGGGCGGCUACCCCCCUGCCCCUGCUCCUAAA